AUGGCCCCUGCUACGCAUGAACUCAUAUUUCUCACCAACGCUGCCGCUUCCAACGUCCGAGGGCGCCCAGACCGGGACUCAACCUGGUUGGGCAUUCCGUCGGUCAACGUGUACGGCGAAGUCACAAUCAAGAAGGAGUAUAACGCAUCGUUCUCUGUCGUAAUACUCAAAGAAGGUGUUCCCACGGCGACCGUCCUUGGCGCCACUUGUGUACGGACAGUGAUCGACAUCGGAAUGUAUGAAGAAGGUUAUUACGCGGACAGCCUUUUUCUCCAGAACCCCGCUACGAUUCGCAUCUCCUCCCCUGACGGCGUGAAGAAAGUAAUUGCCGCGGGAGGCCUCAUACAAGCAAGAGACGCACAAACACUUAUCGUCCACGCUGACGGCAUCUUAUGUGCACGACGCAAGAAGGAAUCCAGAAGUCAGACGCUGCGAGAACUCCGGCAGCUUCUUGAAGGUGCUAUGAGUACGCUAGAUAGCUUGGAAACCAGUGACCAUGAGAAGGCGCUUGCGAAGCAGGUCGGCGAGUCCAUGUUUGCAGCCUUCGCCGACGCCGCCAUGAAAUGA